CAAAAAGGAGUAACAUGGACAGGGUUAAAGAGUCUUUGCUUAUUUCCAAAGAGGUACACACAAUUUAUGAAGAUAUUUUAAAUUCUUAUGUUGCAGAUUUUUACGUAGAAAAUCACUGGAACAAGUUGUCCAACAGCUGGAAGAUAUUUUUUGAAUCUGCCAAUUUAAGUGACAUAGGAUUCAUAAAACUGAUAAUCCAACACAGCAUAUCCAGAGACCAGAAGCAAUUGUCCCAGUCAAUGACUCUCCCUGAGCCAUUCAUGAAGUUCUUCUGGAAGAGCAUCAAAGAAAAAAAACGUCAUGAAUUAGCGUUGAUGUCGGCAAAGUCUUAUGAAACAGCACUGAAAUCAGGAUGUAAAUACAUAGUUGAUAUUGGAAGUGGAGUUGGGCAUUUUAGCAGGAUGUUAGCUUAUGGUUAUGGGUUUACUGUUUGUACAUUUGAAGCAAACCCUGACCUAGUAAAACAGGCUUACAUACUGGACAGUCAGUUUGAGAAGAUCCUUGAUAUAAAAAAAAUCCCCCACAAAUGUAAGACAAGCACAGUACAUAUAAACAAGAGAAUUGAAAAUGACUUAACCAGUCAAGAGUUUGUAGCUUUAGUCAAAGAAGCAUUUAAACUAGACAUAGACAAUUUCCAAUUUGGCAUAGUUGGGUUGCAUCCCUGUGGAAAUUUGGGACCAACUCUCUUGAGACUGUACAGUGAAUCCAAAAAUGCAAAUUUUAUAAAUAUUGCAAGCUGUUGUUACAUGAAACUUGGCUUAUCUACUGAUUUUGUAGGAUUUCCAUUGAGCCAGUUUUGUAUAAACAAUAACUUUAAUUUAUCAUACUUGUCUUGUGAAAUUGCCUGUCAUUCUAUAGAAAACUACUCAAAUAAAUUAAAGUUAGGUCUAUACAAUAAUUUAAAGGUUCACGCCUUUAGAGCUGCCUUAGAACAGAUUUUAGAACAAAUUGAUCCCAGUUUAAGACACAAACAACUUUGUGGAGUGAAAUAUCAAGACAAUUUAUCUGUGGAGGAAUAUUGUACAAAGGCGUUAAGACGUUUGGAUUUGAACAUACCUGAGUCUGUUUUUGUUAAGUUUGACAAAAUUAUAGACAAAACUUGGAAACAUGUUGUAUGUUUUUACUCAGUUAGAUUAUUAUUAGCUCCUCUUGUGGAAACUAUUAUAUUGUAUGACAGGAUGUUAUUUGUUAGGGAAAAUACAGGUUGUUGUCUAAUAGAACCUGUUUUUGAUUGUGCAAUAUCGCCAAGAAAUCAUGUAUUGACUGCAUAUAAAUUAUUUGAAACUUAUUCUUUGUUUUAUUCUAUUGAAAUCGAUUAUACUCUGUUCGGCAAGGACGUACAACUAGAAACCCUGGGUAUUGAGACCUUACAACUUCCCCCGAGGUCAACUGACCUAAAUCCCAUCGAACAUGCAUGGAAUUUGCUGAAACAGCGGCUUUCGAACCAUCAACCCCUCCCUAUAACUCAUCGAGAGCUUCGAGCUAUAAUUUCGCUUACGUGGGCUAAUAUACCCCAAGAAGAAUUGAGUAACUUCAUUGAAGGCAUGCAGGGGAAGUGUCAAGCAGUCAUCGAUGCCCUUGGUGGGCAUACAACAAACUAA